AGAGAGAGACCGUGAGCGUGAGAAGGUCUGUACAGUCAUGUGGUUAGAGCACUCACCCAUUUUAUUAUGUAUUUGAGAUUCUUGAAAAUAUAAAUAAAAUGGGGGGAAAAACCCUCCAAAGCCAACCAAAACUAAACCUGUUUUUCUUUUGUUAGGAACAAAUUCAGAGACAUUUGGAGAGUUUGAAAAAAGAGAGAGACGAGAUUCUGUCGUAUAAAUCGAGUGGGGAAAAUACAAGCCAGGAACUACUGAAACAGCUCGAAACUGGGAGGCAAAAGAUUGUGGCUGAAUUUCAGCAACUGCACCAGUUUUUGGAGGAACAAGAGCGACUCCUGCUGGCCCAGCUGGAAGAGAAUAAGGAAAUUGAAAAGAGGAGGGAUGAGUAUGUUGCCAAACUAUCUGAGGAACUAUCCUCUUUCAGUUCCCUGAUCAGUGAGAUGGAGCAGAAGUGCCAGCUGCCAGCAAGUGAAUUCCUGCAGGACAUCAAAGGCACCUUGAGCAGAUGCGAGAGGGAGAAGUUUCAGAACCCAGUGGCCUUUUCUUCUGAACUGAAAUGGAGAAACUGGGAAUCUUCUCAAAGAAAUGCAUCUCUGGAGACCAGAAUGAAGGAAUUCACAGACUCACUGUCGUCUAGACAGCGGUUGGACAAAGGUAAAUUUCUCCUAUCAAAGGGGGAGUGAAAACUUUCCUAUGAAUUAUGGGGGCUCAUUGGCAGCACCAUAGUUCAGGUUUUGUGUCAAUUUUGCAUUUGAAAGGAGCUGAGCAACAUAUUCCU